AUGGAUGUAGACCUCGAGGUAAUACCAGAGGAGGAACCAGAAGAAGAAGACCCUGAGGAAGAACCUAAAGAGGCGCCGGAAGAAGAACCCGAAGAUGAGCCCGAAGAAGACCCAGAGAUGGAACCAGAGGACGCACCCGAGGAUGAGCCAGAGGAUGAGCCAGCGGACGAGCCGGAAGAGGAGUCUGAUGAGGAGGAGCGGGUAGAGGUUCCACUAGAGUCGGGUGAUGUGGAUAACCCGAUCGAGAUCAAUGCUGAUUCGGAAUCCUCAGAGGAGCAGACAGUUCAGGGGGAUUCAGACUCGGGGUAUACCCAGGCUGUUGAUCUUUUUGAUGUCGGUGCUGCAUAG